AUGUCUGGCACCGCUGUCCACUUUGGUGGUGGAAACAUUGGUCGUGGUUUCAUCGCCGAACUCUUACACGAGUCUGGAUUUGAAGUCGUCUUCGUCGAUGUUGUGGACGAUCUCAUUGAUCGCAUCAACAAUGCCAAAUCCUACAAGAUCACCGAAGUCGGCGCAGAUGGAGAGAAGAGCAAGGAGAUUACCAACUUUCGUGCCAUCAACUCCAAGUACAACAUGGACGAAGUCAUUAAGACCAUUGCCGAUGCUGACGUGGUCACCUGUGCUGUCGGUCCAAAUGUCAUGAAGUUCAUCGCGAAGCCCAUCGCCGACGGUAUUGCAGCCAGAACCAAGCCAAAGCCACUUGCUGUCAUUGCCUGUGAGAACAUGAUCAAUGCCACUGAUGCUCUGAAAGAGCUCAUCACCGACCCAAAGAACAUGAAGCCUGAGGUUCUCAAGGACCUGGACAAAAAGGCAGAGUUUGGCAAUUCCGCUAUUGACAGAAUUGUCCCCACCCAACCUGCCGACGCAAAUCUGGAUGUUGUCAUCGAAAGCUUUUAUGAGUGGUGUGUAGAGACAACUGGUUUCAAGUCCGGCCAUCCCGACAUCAAGGGCAUCCACUGGGUCGACGACCUCGAACCAUACAUUGAACGCAAGCUCUAUACCGUCAACACCAGCCAUGCCACUGCUGCCUACUUCGGCUACAACAAGGGCAUCAAGACCAUUCACGAAGCCAUGGCCGAUCCUGAAAUCAGACAGGAAGUUCACGAGGCGUUGGAGGAGACUGCGCAUCUGAUCAGCGGCAAACACGACAUCACUGAAGAACAACAACAGGAGUAUGUCGACACCAUCAUCUCUCGUAUCUCCAACCCUCAUCUCGAAGAUGUCUGCGUCCGUGUGGGCCGUGCACCCCUCCGCAAACUCAGCCGCAACGAACGCUUCAUCGGUCCUGCCGCCCAAUUGGCUGAACGUGGCUACGAUGUCACUGCUCUGGUCCGCGGUGUCGAAAUGGCUCUUCGUUUCCAGAAUGUCGAAGGAGAUGAUGAGAGUGUGGAGCUGGCAAAGAUUUUGAAGGAACUGUCAGCUGAAGAUGCCACCAAGAAGAUCACUGGUCUCGACCCAGAUCAUCCUUUGUACCCUAAGAUUCUGGAGAAGGUCAAGCUGGUUCAGAGCGAUACCAAGUGA